GCCUGAUGCCAUCCCAAUGCCAGAUUGCUCAUCAGACACUGUCGCUCGCGCUUUUCUAGAGCGCUGGGUCUCACACUUUGGUUGUCCUGCCGUUGUGACAACUGAUCGAGGUUCGCACUUCGCAGGCACAUUUGCUCACCUUCUUCAGACCCUCGGCUGCCGUCACAUCCAAACGACUGCAUUCCACCCUGCCGCCAACGGCAUGGUUGAGCGUUUUCACCGCCAGCUGAAAGCUGCACUAUGUGCACAUGAUAACGCAGACUGGUACGAAGCGCUUCCCGCCGUUUUACUUGGCUUACGAAAUACUGUCAAAACCGACAUUAACGCUGCUCCGGCUGAACUCGUCUAUGGCUGCACAUUGCGUCUCCCUGGACAAUUAGUCGCCCCAACCCCGGAGAGGGCAUGGAACUACAAGAGCUACAUAGCUCGUCUGACGCACCACAUGCGUCAGCUGCAUCCCGCGAGACCCAGGGAACAACGCACUCUAGUGCACGUUCCGAAAGAUCUUUCUACAUGUUCUCACGUAUUCUUACGUGUCGACCAAGUGAGACAGCCUCUCUCCGCACCUUACACAGGUCCAUACCGUGUUAUUAAACGGUCUACAAAAACUUUGGUGAUUGACCGUGGGGGUAAAAGGGAUACUGUCUCGAUAGAUCGCGUCAAGCCUGCGUUCAUCGAUGAACAACAGUUUGUUCCAUCAUCGACCUUAACGCAAUCUACAGAGCCACCUGUAACGACGCCCAGCUUUUCAGCUCCACCACAAUCCCAGUCACCAGAUUCGCCUCAAACUAAUACCAGUCACGGUAGAAGAGUUCGUAAACCUGUUCGUUUCUCCGAUUUUGUCGAACUCAUCCACACCUCAUGAAUCUUUUUCAUUUUCUCUCAUCGUUUGUAUUAUGCUUUUCCGUAAAUAUCUGAAUCUGUCUCCCCGAGUUAUUUUUCCCCAUCUAUCAGGUAAAGUCAUGAGGCUGGCACGUUUGGGUCCGUCCGUUCAAUGCUUGGCUGUUUCUCAAUGGUUUGGUCGUUUGGAUGCUUUGGUCUACCCCCAACGCUUUGUCGUCUCGCCCGCCCACGUUGGCCUUUGGAUCGUGGUCUGCUUGGCUCAAUUUGGCUCGCCUUGGUCGUUUGUCUGGCUCGCCUUCCUGGCUUUGGCUGCUCGUGUGCCUGGCUCGUUGUUUUUGGUCCCCCCACGGCUCGCCGGUACGCACAGGAUUUCAGCUUCGUUUUGGCAGUGGAUUGGAAUGCGGUGGGGGGAGUGACCUCUCCCAAGCGCACCGUCUUUCAGCAGCGGUGAAAGGUCCUACCGGCCCUUUUUCUGGAUUAUCCAGUUUUUUUGUAGUCCGGUGUGCCCGCUGGGACGGCCCACCGAUGAUGCAUUCCAAUCCACAAGAAGAUUAAAUAAUCCAAAUACAACCGAACUCCUGUGAUUCUGCCUUUAUACAUUUGCAAGCCAACAGCGAUCGAAGUCCUCGUCCCUCAGCCUUCUAGGGGGAGGCCUGUGUAGUGACCAUGACAUUUUACCCCAUCAAACAUCACACUCAGACUUGUGCACAUUUUGUUUUACUUUGCACCCAUCCCAAGCCUAUAUAUACUGGACUGCAAUUUUGAACCGUGUUCGC